AGCAUCAGGCAGCUGCAGCGGUCUGCAGAGAAAAAGACAAGAGCAAGAUCGUGGCAGUCAUGGACUUACAUUGCGAAUAUAAUGAAAUUUCAGCUUCCGAACAGCAAUCAGGCAAGAUAAGUAGGACGGCAUUUAAAUUAUUUGGGAGAAGAAAAUCAGGGAGCACAAUGCCUAGUAUCUUCAGUAUGAAAAACAAAGGGGAUGGGAAAAGCUCCUUGAAAAUGGGGCUUGUCCGAAGCAAAACACACGAUGGAAUUGCUGAUAUGGGAUUGGAAGUAAGCAAGAAGGACGAUUCUUUGAGCAAUUAUCAAUUAGAUAAUGACUCCAGUACAAAAAUAGUCAGCAGUAUGAGCUUUGCUGCUGGAGGCUGUGGAUCCAUUGCCAAGUCUCACAGUUUCUUUUCUUUACUCAAAAGGAAUAGUAAAUUAGAAAAUUGCAAGGGGGAGUCAAUGUAUUCAAACUCUGACCAGAUGAAAGAGAAGAGUUGCAACAGACAGAAGAAAGGACUCAAAGGAUUGUUCAGCAGCAUGAGGUGGCACAGAAAGGACAAAGUCAGGAAAGGGGGGAAGGCUGAGCAUCAUGAAAUCCACGACUUUAUUACAUUGCCUGGCUCUUUGACUGCAAGUUUAGAAUGUGUUAAAGAAGAAGCACAGAAAUUUUAUUCUGAAUCUGAAAGCACGGGAAUGGAAAUACAAAAUAAAGAUUCCUGUGAAAUACAGGGUUCUAAUGAGAAUGCUUCCACCGAGGAACCUGAACAAGCAACUGGGAAGACUUCCCUUCCAGAACUACAUCAGUAUGUGGAGAAUUCUGCCUUUGACAGCCACUCAUCGGACCAUCAUAGUAAUGGCAAAGCUUCAGAACAGGUAGAGGACAAACAGGAUGAAAAUUUACGCAAUGUGACACAGGAUGUACAAGAAGAAUGUGCUUCCAUUACUGCAUCCACAUCUUGCCAUCUUCCUGAAACUACAACAUCUGGGGCACUUAAUAAUGAUCCACCUGCAGAGCAAUCAAUUGAUGGAAUUUGCAUCAUGUUUUCCGAUGUUACAUCAUUAAAGAGCUUUGAUUCACUCACAGGAUGCGGGGAUGUUAUAGUUGACCAGGAUGAAGACGGAAACGCCUGUGAAGGUGGAGGUACUGCUGAAAAGGUCAAGAGCAGUGGCAGGAAGAGCACAAAUAUCCUGAGCUAUCAAGGGGGAGGAGAGGAAAUGGCCAGCCCUGAUGAAGUUGACGAUGAGUAUCUGCAAGAGUUCUGGGAUUCACCUCCACCAGUCGCUGAGCCUCUUAAAGAGAAGCAGGAACACGAUGCAACUGAUCAAACACAACUGGGUGAAGCAACUUGCCUGAACCAGGCAGGGAACAGUAGCUUAGUCAAACAACUUUGUCUGAAUUAUAUUCCUAUAAAUAAGAAUGAUAAUGAAAAACUAUCGACCACAAAGUGUGAGCAACAAGAAAGUGUUCCAAAUAGCGAUGAGGGAUACAGGGACUGCACAACCUCUGGGCAUGAAGAUGAAAAUGGAAAAACUCUUGCUACCAAGGCAAGCAUUCCAAGAGACAGUUGCAGUGGAGAUGCCCUCUAUGAUCUGCUUACAAAUCCAGAAGAAAGCCUGACAAGUAUUGCUUCAGAUGAAGAAACCUGCUCUGUUUCUCAACCUAAAACAUUGUCUCCAAAAGCUGUGUCAUCUGCAUCCAACAUUGCUUCCUUCUCCAAGGACAGGAAUAUAUCUGCCAUUCCCAGGCACAAGACCACUUUUUCUGCUCGCCAAGGAGAAGCAAAUCAUUUUCAGUGUUCUCAAACAUUUCAACAGUUGUUAGGAUGCGAGCCAGCAAGAACAAAAAUCCCUAUCGCUAAGACCUCAAUUUCUAGACCCAAUAGUAAAAGCAUCACUGGGACAAGUGCAAAAGCCCCAACAAACAAGGGAGGUACAAAAAAAUAGUUUUGGAAAGGAUCCUACAGCAAAAUUAAAAUCAGUGUGUUAUAGUGGUUCAGAAGUAAGCACAAUUGGUCAAGAUUCUGCUUGCACGCCUGCUGUUCACACUGUGCAAUAGGACCUUUACCAUUUGCCAAGAGCGAUCUCCUAAGAUGUAAGUGAAGUGUGCCUACAAAAGGGAAUUAAUUCAAAGCUUUCUGAAGCAUAGAUGGAACGCAUAACUUUCACUGCUUCUAAAUGCUAAUCAGCAAAGGAAAAAAAAACAAAAUAACAGAGAUGAACAAAAAAAAAUGAUGUUUGUGAAAGAAUACAAGAUAUAUUUGUGAAAUUCUGACCAAGAGUUUACAGAAUCCUAUUUUCUUUGAGGAGCACUGGAAUCUGUAUUGUGACUUUCCUACCAGUACUGGAAUGUAAGGACAAUAUUUUUCAAAUGUUGGUCAUUAAUUACUAUUUUUACAAUCCACAUAGUAAUUAUUACAAAUAUCGUCUAUUCUGGGACCAGAUUCUGUUUAAGUAUUGGAUGUUUAUGAUGUACAGCCAGAGGAGAAAGGAACUGAUAUGAUUAUAUAACAACAAUCGGGGUAUGAUUACGUAAUCAGGUCCAGCUUGUGUUUUCAUCACAGUGAAGCCAUUCAAAAUGAAUUUGUAGAAAGAUCCCUUGAAAAUACUUUUAGGAAGGUGAUGAUAGGGAAGGUAUUUUAUUUUCUUCAUGAUUUGUCUUUUGAGUUUUCAAACUGAUAGAUUUUUUAAAAUAACUUAUUUUCUGCAUGUGAAUGAGUACAAAAUUCAGAAAGUGGAGUUAAAAUACCUUAAGAUACAGCAGAAAGAAUUCUCUCACUAUAAAUGGGGACAGAUUACAGUGUACAUGUGUAUAUAACUUUUACUUCUUCAGAAGCUCUUGCACAGUCUCUGCUUUCCAUAUAGACAGUUAAUGACAGUUACAUGAUCUACAGUUUUUAUAUUUGAAUACUUUGGUGUGGCCUUUAUUUAAAACAAAGUGAUUGUGAUGGAGAAUAGCCUACUUAGAAUCAGUUGAUAAAAAUGGUUAAUAUGUGGUACAUUUUUGUACUAAUAACCAAGUGCAAAUGGGUGAAGGUUCUUACAUUUUUUGGAGACAAUAUAUAUUUCUCAGUUGCUUGUUUUACGGUAUUUGUUCCAAUGUUUAUUCAGUAUGACAUUUCUUCAACCAAUCAGUUAGUCAAAUGAGAAAAAUUGGAACUAUCUCCAAUAGUGUUGUACUAUGAUUUGAGGCCCACUUGAUAUUUGGCCUCAGACUUCAUUUGCAUAAUACAAGCAUUUUAGACACAUAUGAGCAACUCACUAAUGAAGAGGAUUUUAAAUCUGGGUUGCUGUAAUAUGGGCAAACAUCCUCAGCGUGUCCUGAGAGGGAAAGUUAUUAAGGAAGGGGAGACAAUCAAAGAGAGGGAUUAGGGAAAUGGAGAGCUGUACUGGAGCGUUAAAGGGUGGAAGUGAACACUGUUAGAGGAAAUGUAGUUUUGAGUAUUAACGCCUGUUAUUUUGUCAUAUAGGAUGCACCUCAAAACUGGCACCGUGCCUUUGACAUUCUAGGUCACUUUAAAAAAUAUUGCACUUGUUCACUAAAUACGGGGAGAAAAGGAUAUUCUGAAUAUAGCAAGAAAAUAUAUCAUGAGGUAGAUUAGAAUAGAAAUGUCAAAUGUUAGGAGUAAGAAAGAAAUAAUGCAUCUCACAGUUAAUAAAAUAGAACAAAAGUACACUUCUAAUAAUUUUGAAAUAAAUGUAAUUAUAUUAAAGACAAAUAACAAAUUCUCCAGCUCAUUUCUCGUUCACAAUUAUAAUUCACCUCAGUAUUGAGUUGUUUUUCAAAAUAAUAUCCAAAAUUGUUAAAUAAACUGUCAGACUGUUUAUAAUAACUACCUGUUUAGCAGGCCAUCAUAAUGUGUGACUCUGUAUUAAAAAUGUUUAGAAACAUUUAAUUUUUAAAGAAAUAUAUGAAUUAUGAAAUCUUACUGGUUUCCAUAUGAAAAAGGAAUGAAAGAAGGAUUAGGAACACCUGAUUUGCAUCCAAGGGUAGCCAAUUACAUAUCAACAUGCCGGGAAGCAGAGGAGAAGAUCACCUGACUUGUUCCAUAAUUUGAGAAUAGUUUAUGCACUGAUCCUUAUAACGGAAGAUCAAAUCUUGUAUACCAAAAUAUUUCUGAGUUAUUCAGUGGUUUCACUUGGCCAGUUGGAAUGGAAUACUCAGUAAUAUUGCCUGCUGAAGUUGUUUAAUUGAUUAAACCAAUAUUAGUCAAUAGUCAAGUAGCUGAAUCAUGGAAAAUUAAAAUUGGGGUUAUUUGAUAACUCAUUUGAUCAGGUAACUCUGUGACCAAGUUUCAAAUGAUUUGGUUUCUGUUGCUUCAAAAAUGAUCAAGUUAAUAAUUCUACAUCUCUAAACAAUAAUCAAUCAAGCAGCAAAAGGUAGGUUUUAUUUGGAGCAACAAUUCAGGAGUGGUAAAGUCAGCCAACAGUUAAUGCUGCUGCCUCAUAGUCUUAGGCUCCUGGAUCCAAUCCUGACCUUCAGUGCUUUCAACAACACUCUGUGUUUGCAUAGGUUUCCUUCAAGUGCUCUAGUUUCCCUCCACAACUCGAAUGUAUGCUUGUAGGUUAAUGACGUUUAGUGUUGUUUAAUGUCAAAGAGAAUGAAAGGGAAGAUGAUGGGAAUGUGUGAGAGAAAAUAAGUUGCAGAACAUAGGGAAAUAUAGAGUGAGGAAAUGGAACCAACGCAAUUGGUCCUCCUAGGAACCAGCAUGGACCUGAUAAGGUGAAUGGCCUCUUUGUGUGUCAUUAUAAGAUUCAAACACCUUUGUUCCUGUCUUUUCAUUAGUUGGACUGGAUUGUGUCUUCAAUGACCACUGGUCAACUUGAGUAAAAAAUAAAAUUAAAAUGAUUGGA